AUAAAGGGUCUGGUGCAGAGGGUGGCACAAGGCGGUGAUAAGCUUGAGUGUGGAGUGGCGGGAGCUCGCAGUCAUCCUGAGACAGUGGUUCUGAGCAGACGUCUGUUCCUUGGCUUGUAAUACACACACUCCCUCAACAUGGCGGACCAACUGACCGAGGAGCAGAUUGCCGAGUUCAAGGAGGCUUUCUCCUUGUUCGAUAAGGACGGUGACGGUACCAUCACCACCAAGGAAUUGGGCACCGUGAUGCGUUCCCUGGGCCAGAACCCCACCGAGGCGGAGCUCCAGGACAUGAUAAACGAGGUGGACGCCGACGGUAACGGAACUAUCGAUUUCCCCGAGUUCCUCACGAUGAUGGCGCGCAAAAUGAAAGACACUGAUUCUGAGGAAGAGAUCAGGGAAGCCUUCCGAGUGUUUGAUAAGGACGGCAACGGCUUCAUCUCUGCGGCUGAGCUUAGGCAUGUGAUGACCAACCUGGGAGAGAAACUUACUGAUGAAGAGGUUGAUGAAAUGAUCAGGGAAGCUGAUAUUGACGGUGAUGGUCAGGUCAACUAUGAAGAGUUCGUCACAAUGAUGACAUCAAAGUGAAGUGAUCGCGCCCACUAAUAUUGUAAACAAAUUUCAAACGAACAGUUUUUUCUGCUUUCCAAUUUAUCUUGUUAAAGGAACUGCUAAAACCCAUUAUAAUAUUAAUAAUAAACGUCACGAUACUGUCUCUUGCUAAAAUCUCGUAUUGCCUUCAUGUACUAUCUGGCUCUGAAGCGCUAGCGUCGGAAACUACGACGACAACCACCACCACCAUCAUGCCGCCGCCGCCACCACCGCCACUGCAAUUACCAACAACUUUCCAUUACCACCACUAUUACUACUACCUAAGCUGCUAUCCAUACAGCCUCCAUGUACAGAACUACUUCCAUCAUUUAGUCUUGUAGCAGCGAUGACCCCUCGCCCUCUACUGGAGGUAUGGGCGUGGAGGGGUGUGGAGGCGCCUAUAAAAAGGGCUGUUGUCGCCCUGUAGUGGUAGCGCAGUUUAUCAAGAUGGGUUGUUGUUCAAGGGACACGCUUCGGGUGGCCGGCCCUCCAGAAAAUGCUCUCAUGUAUAAGUCGUUUAUUAUACAUAAUUACUUCAGUAGUACAGUGUUUGGAAUUCAGAGGGCGGGAUUGUGGUGGCGCCGUAGACGCACCACCAACCCAGUACAGCCGCUCCUUGAUGCCAAGGUUGGUGUGCUGGGGUUGCUGCUCGAGGGAGUAACCAGCUUUACACUCCGCUGCUACCAGUAUUUGCACUUCCUGGGAGACACAUCAUUUAUUUGAUGUGUCAAGUGUAGCAGGAGGGCCAGGCCUGUUCCUGGUACCUCACCCUAACACCUUGGGGGUCUGCCACCCUGCCAGUCUCAACAUCACCGAGCUCUUUCUCUUAUUUUACAAGUCUUUUCCUGAUUGAAAGCGGAAAGCUAGUUUGUUCUUUUUAUAAACUUAGGAAAUUAUUUUUAUUUAGUUCAAUUUGUUUGUGAAAUGAUGGAAGGAGGAACCAAUGCCACCUACCCUGGGUCGGCGGUGGCCAUGUUGUGGACCCUGAUUGAAUUCCUCUUUCUUUAUAUUUUAUUGAAAGUUCACUCAUGGUGACCAUUUUAUAUUGUUUGUCUGAUACAGUGAUGGGGAUGGAGAGGGUGAGCUGUACUUUGUGUUGGUUGAAUGGGGUUGAUACAUUUCCGUAUCAUAUACUUCUUGUUAGCUGUGUCUUUGUCAGUUUUCUUAAAGGAAUAGGAAAUGUAUACAUAUUGCAAAAACAAAAAUGAAGUUGAAAAUUUACUCUUGUACUACAUAAUACUAAUGUAAGGCACAUCAUUAAUUUUUCUUCCCACCUCCCGCAUUGUUUGACACUGUUAAGAUGCCACUGCGUCCUGCCAGUGAGCCUGACGAGUCUGAUGUUUUGAUUACAAUACACCAUGCUCAUUGAUGGUUUUAUUAUUGUGUAGGAAAAUACUAUUCUUUAAAGUAAACCACUCUUUUUUCAUGUCACUUAGAAUAUUAUUUUCCUCAUUCAUUUUAGCCAAUAUGGCAUUGUUGGUUUUUUGAAGCUUAUCUGGGUCUCAUCAGUUGACGGAAGGUGUGUAGUCAUGCUUGUGUUGUGUUCUCAGCACCCAGGGUGGCCAAAUCCUGCCCAUCCCGGCUCAAGCUUGGGAUUGUAGGUAGGACAUGGUAUCUUCCCUGCAGGCUAUUUUAGAUUCAUUUGGGGGAACCUUUUUAUUGGUGGUGCGUGGCGGUAGUUCUGUUGUGUAUUUGUAUCAACAAUGUGACACGCGACCAAACUCCGCUUCGCGAUGAACAUUCCUUUAUGCUGCUAUGUUUGUGAGGGGCGUGGCACGUUCAGAUGGCUGCCUCGCCCAUCUUGUUUUAGUGUGGUUGUAAGGUGAGCGGGGAGCCCCGAGGAGAGUUGGACCACCCCUGUUUGGGGAAGGGGGAGAGGGAGGCUGGGUCAAGAGGUAGUGGUAGUCUGCUGCUGCUGCCUCCCCACCCGUCACCACCCACUGCUGCCUCCACGGCUCUCCUCGCCGCCCCCCGCGCCCCCCAGACCCUCUCAGCUGGUGAGACCCGGAGCCGCAAGAAGUUCCCCACCACCACCCAGCAGCACCGCCUGCAGUGUGAUGCUACAUGUGGGUGGUGUCGCCCCGCCCAUCACCACCAGAGUGAUCCUCUUAUUAAUAUCGUGGUCGAGCCUAUUACACACUCUUCUUUUUCAACCAGUGCACCCUCAUGCUCCCACCCUUGAGCUCCCACCACAAUGGCAUGGUUGGAGGUCAUGGCUGCUCGAACAGUGCUAUGUCAAAUUGGGAGCCGCCACGGUUUCUCAGUCCUAAUGGCAGUGAUCAAUCUUAUCGGACAUCCAACGAACGCUGGGUGUGAAGCAAUUAUCGUCCUUUUCUCCUGCUCCCCGGCAUGAUGUGUGGGGUGCUGGGGGCGUCCGGCCGGCCAGGUGGUGGUGGGGGCGGGGCGAGGAUCACUGGCGGUGCUGGGUGGUGGUGGCGGGCCGGGCCACUUCACCCCACCACCAGGACGCAAUUAGUAAUUUGAGGACCUGAUGUCAUGUUGUAUUGAAUAAAAAAGACCAAGAAAGA